GGAGGAAUCGAUCAGACGAGAAUAACAACGUCUAAGAAAAUGACGGAUAACGAUAUGCUGAUUGUUGAUGCGAGGUUUUCCCAUUCAAACUACAUCAAACGAGAGAUUGCUUACCAGACAGAGCUGGGUAUAGACGAUCCUCUGGUUAUCGUUGAUAUUGACGAGGUGGUGGAGAGGUACAGAAAAUGGUACAAUUUGCUUCCAAGGGUGGAGCUAUUCUAUGCUUUGAAGUGCAACAAUGAUGAAAAAAUAGUUGAUGUCCUUGUAAGACUAGGGAGUAGUUUUGACUGUGCGAGCAAGGCUGAGAUACAGCAGAUGUUAGACCUAGGAGUCGAUCCGUCACGCAUCAUAUACGCCAACCCAUGUAAACAAAACACACAUCUUUCUUACGCCAAGAAACACAAUGUAGAUCUGAUGACAUUUGACAGCGAGGAGGAAUUGAUCAAGAUCAAGAUGUUGUAUGGAUCAGCAAGACUACUGUUGAGGUUUCGGCCGAAUCACACCUAUACAGUCAUGUAUGACCUAGGGGAGAAGUUCGGUUGUGUCUUUGAAGAGGCGCUGGAUUUGUUUAUAUCGGCAAAGAACAAAGGCUUGAACGUCAUUGGUGUGAGUUUCCAUGUUGGGAGUAACUGUCUCAGUUCCGACGCAUUUGCUUUGGCAAUCAAAGAAGCUCGGAGGAUCUUUGACAUGGGACUAAAGGUCGGAUUUGGGAUGAACGUCCUUGACAUCGGAGGUGGAUACCGAGGCAGAGAUGUUGAUCAUCCGACCAUAGAAGAGAAUGCAGACAUCAUAAACCAGUGCCUUGAUGAGUAUUUCCCUGAAGCAGAAGGAGUAAAAGUAAUCGCCGAACCAGGACGUUACCUUGUAGAAACUGCUGUCAGCGCUGCAGCCAAUAUCAUAGGCCGGAAGUUUGUCUAUGACCAUGACAAAAAACGUAUUGAACAUGUUUUGUACAACAUCAAUGAUGGGAUAUAUGGAUCUUUGUGUCGGGUGAACGAUGGUACGAAGGUACUUGUUAUAUCACCAGUUCUAAAAAAGGCGAUGACAGAAAAGCACAACAGUACUGUGUGGGGUCCAACAUGUGCUUCCCCGGAUUGCCUAGAAAAAGACAUCCCUUUACCAUUAAUGGAGGUGGGAGAAUGGGUACAUAUUAGUUAUGUAGGAGCCUACUCGCUAUGCGGCGCGACCAACUUUAACAGCAUGCCACGACCAAAGCUGUAUUACUUCUGUUCACGUCACACUUGGGCAUCCUUACAAAACCUGAUGGAUCAUUGAACUUGAGCUAGAACAGCCGUCAUCAGAUUAGAACAGUAAAACUUGUACAUAUGACCAGGGCUUACACUGCUGCCGUUUUGGUUUUGAGGAAUGCUUUCCUUCAGGCUACAUUGGUUUCAGCUUGAUUUUUAAGGGGUUCGUGUUUAUCCUUUUGUUUUAGCCCUUAUUUUUGUUACUAAUUAUAACUUAUCACUUUUUUCUGUUUGUAUUAACUUAAGGUGUCAUUUGGUCCUUCUGUGUGUGGAUGUUGUGAUACAUUUUGAUUCUAUUUUUUUCAUAUAGUGUUGUAAUAAUGUGAUCAUUGUUGCCAUACAGUAGUAAAUGACAACAAAUAGAACUGACUGUCUUAUUGUCAAGGGAAAAUUACCGGCAUUACGGAAUCAUUUAAUUAGUAUAUGCGAACGCUAAAUUAAAGUUUAUAGCAAUCAUCUUAUUGUAACUUCUUUCUUCAUUAUAGUACAUUGUAUAAUCAUUGCAAAGGAUGAGUGUCUAUAAGGCCCUUUUUUGGACCCGGUAUAUUCAGAUGUUCACCCUUCUUAUUUUGUUCAAAGAUGUCCUAUUGUAUUACAUGCGGAAAAACUAAGGUUUUUAAGCUCACUUUGAAAACAGCAAACUAUAUUUGUGAUUUACCCUACCCCUUUUGGUGCCGCCAAAAACCCACUUUCGGCCAAACUUUUAGCUUAGUUUUUCCGCAUGUCAUACAAUAGGACAUCUUUGAAAAAAACAAGAAGUAAAAAUCUGAAUAUACCGGGCCCAAAAAAGGGCCUUAUAGACACUCACUCAUUCUUUUGUCAAGUACAUGUAGCUGCUCAAACAUUCUAGAAAAAAUGUCAAUGUGAUCUCAUUAAAUCAGGUCUCUGAAUUUCGUACAUUUAGAUGUGUAAAUGAAGUCUAUUCUGAAAUGCUCUCCGGUGUGUUUAAAUCUUUAUCGAUGACAAAUAAAAUGAGAAAAACACAUUUUUUGGGCAACAUUUUGACAUUUUAUUUUGACAUGCUGGUGACACAUAGAAGACGGGUAACAACAUCACAAUACACAGAUAUGUGAAUAAAGUCUUCACCACUGUUACUAGCCAUCAAUUGAUUCACCAGAACUAGCCGAAAGAAAUUGGACAUAACAUAUUUUAUAUUCUGCCAUUUAACUUUAGGAGGGAUUGCAUAAUUUAGAAAGUUUUCAUAUAUGCGAAAAAAUCAUGUAAAAACAAUACUGCAUAUCUUCAAACAGGCAAGUCAUUCGCAGCAGAUUUUACCUGCGUGUGUGCAAGCCUUUGUUUUCAUGUGAAAUUUAUUAAAAAAAACACGAUUCAUGAGAAUCUUGUGCGAAAAGGAAAAUAAAAUCUUCACGUACAAACUUUAUUUUUUUCAAAAUAAUUUCACCUUGAUAAUUAAACUUGAAUACACAUGAAAGAAAUGAAUGUAAAUAUUAUUCCAAAAGUAUACAGAAUGCAAAGUGUGAAACCUUAUUUCUUACAUUAAACUUAUUUAACUGUUCAUAUUUAACUCACGUCAAAGCAACAACUUGUCUGCUAAGUAUAACCGAUGUCAGGAAAUGUAUAACCACAACAUAUACAAUAGGAAUGUUAUUCACUGGAGACAGUAUUACGUAUAUAGAUACAUAGUUCGGAGGCGUUCAAGAAAAUCUUACCCUAAUCAAAGUAUGAAAUUUAACCUUAUAUUAUAUAUCAUAGGCUACAUUACACAACCCCCAUCCCUAUAACGCAAGACAACCGCUACAACAUUUUGUUUUCUUCAGUAAUAUUAUCUUUAUUGGUUAUUUCUUAGUAAAAGAACAGUGAAAUUUUCUUUUACUGACUAUUCCUUUACACAUUGAAUAAGUCUUAAAAAACCCUCAUAAAUAUCUACUACCAAGUCUGUCAAUGUUAGUUAAGAUCUACUGAAAAUUACUAAAAGACAAAAAAAUCUCAAAAUUGUGGUGUCUAGUAGAAUAUGAUCCCGACAUCGGUAAAAUAGACAUGAAAAGUAUGUUCUUUAUUUUUUCUCUGUGGAACUGAACUUCUGAAAACUAAAACAUCUAAAAUACCUAUAAAACUUGAAAUGUUGAUACUAGAAAAAAUCUUGAUGACUUUUCAGUCUUAUUCAGAAAAUAAAUUAUGUAAUGUAUUCAUAGCAAACUACAUUGUCUGUAAUAUCUUUUUGGAUUUUUACUUAAUUUGUCCAUCAUUAUUUAUCUGGUAAAGAACAUUGUAAGUGUCAAACUAUUAACAUAAUAUUUAUAUUAGGCUUGAAUUAUAUAUAAAAUAUUGAGAAUUGGUUCCAGACGUUCUCGUGCUCGAAUAUCAAUUAGUUAUGUUCCAAUUUCAAUUCGAUGUCUGUUUCGUAUUUGAUUUCAUUACAUGAAUACGAUAUCAUCACUGAAUAAACUUUUUGCAUAUAACUUCAUGUUAUGACAUCCAUCGUGACAUGAUAAUACAGAUGACAACGUGUCAUCACGACAUUGUGACAUCGAAUUGAAGUCAUUAGACAUUGACGAUAGACUGCGCUAAUAUGGUUUCGCAAUUAUCACAUUCAUUCUUGACAAUUUGAGAGAAAAAAAACCGGAUUUAUUUUCAUUUCAUGUGAGAAUUGUUUUUAUCAUGACAGAGCUUCGUUGCACUGACAAUUUCUACACUUUAUGGUAUACGAAAUGGAGACUCUUUUAAGAUACUACGAGUGUAUAUAUAUAUAUAUGUAUUUUGUAACUUAAAAUUACGAUAAAAACGAGUAUUAAAUAAAAAUUCCGUAAAGGGCUUAAUUUCUUUGUUGCAUUAUUUCGUUUACAUUUAAUAACAUGAUUGAUAAUCAAUCAAAAUUUAAUUCGGAGGGAUUACAAUAUGGCUCUACAUAUAAAUAUGGAGGGGAUUGAUUUUCACAAGAAAACAAUAAAGCACAAUAGGAGCGCAUUUACACAUUUUGAUUGACAAUCUCAACAUGACGAGAAACAGUAAGGGUAAGACACACAUACAUUUAUACAUUUUCCACAAAGGAUUAUAAACAAUAUAAGAAUAAUGAAAUAUAUCAAAAUGCAUAGAUGAAAUGAUUCCUUCAAAUUACUGAUUUACGUAUAUGUAGACAAACAACACGAGGAGAGUAUUUCGUGUACAAACAAACACAUAGUGAGCCUAUAGCUAUCGAUCAAUACUUGUUCUCUUUGAAUUUUGACAAUUACAAAACAUACGAGUAGACAUAUUCUUUUGUUUAUUACAAAAGUACUAUCUAUUAUUAGUAAAAGCUCGUUAAUCCAGAUAUUCUCGUCAGAUAAUGAAUGUAAGUCAUGAUCCACAAAAGCUGUGUUUCAUUUAUCUAUAAAUUAACUACAUAUUUUUUUCGCUUGGAACCGGAGUGUCCAGAUUAACCCAGUCCAACAGUAUUCUAUAAACAAAAGUACCAGCUAUAUGUGGUGCAUAUUUUACGUAGAUUUACUUCACACGCGGUUGUUGGUUUUUCUGAUUGUAUCUAAUGUGAUCGUUAUGAGUUACGAGACAAUUUUCCCAAUAACAUUCAAAUAACAACCUUUUUUAAUUAUGGCAACUCAAUAUCUUAUAAGUCAAUAAAACCUUUUGAAUUCCACAAUGUAUCUAUCGAUAUACCUACAUAUAUUUCUAUGUUCAUGUCUUGUCAUAAAUAGUAACAGACUUUUUAACAUACAAUCAACAAUUUAUAUAAUAAUAAUUGAACAGACAAUCUUUAAAUUACACAUCAUUGGUAUUUUUCUUCAUAAAACGUAUUUGCAUUUGGAAUUUCCUUUAGGAUUUCUCAUCCGGGAAAGCCUUGAUUUCAUCUGGAACAGCCAACGACUUAUUUUAGCACAAAACCCUGACGACUAACAUGACUAUAUAUAUAUAGUGAAAUAGUGCAGAGUGCAACACUACUUCUGGCAUUUUUAGUGCGUAUUUCAAUAAUAUUGCGCAAAUUUCAACUUUUGGAAGGAUUAGGGAUAACAAUAAGCAUACUUAUGUAAUUAUAGAACAUUUUGAUUUGAAAUGAAGUCGAAUUCACCAGUAUUUAAAAACACAAUUAAUUGGCAUAAAAACUACGGGAAACGAACAUGGUUUAUAUUUGUGACAUUUGUUCUGAGUAAUAAAUAUGUUAUACUUCACACCUGUAUUAAAGGUAAAUCUAAUAUCACAGAAUAUUUUAAUAUGACUUUUUUAUAUAACAGUUUAUAUAAUAAUUAUUGUCCUAUAUGCUCAUCUGUUAGAUUAUUAUCCCAACAUUGUAUAUAUAAAAUCCUUUUGACAACAAUCAACAAUACCCUCUAUGUAUCACGAUACAGGAUAAAUCUAACUAAUCUAUCUCGGUCUUUUUCUACACCAAAUUGUAUCUUACAUAUAUCACCUAUAUUGAAAAUAAUAUUUUUUUAAAAAUAGCUUUACAGCUCUUGAGUAUAAAAAUCACAAUCGUUCCUUGUAAUUUUACAUCAACCACUUUAUCAUAGUAAUUGUGACUACACUUACAUGUAUAUGUAUAAGUCGAUAUAAAGAUCUACAUACAACACUGAAAAUAACAUUAACAAGAUUGUAUAAAAACACUUCACAACAUCAAAAACACUGAAGGAAACAAAUUUAGGUUGUAAAAUGAGUUUGACAAUUCAUCCUAUAUUUCAAAUAUUAAGGAGAUUUUGAUAUGAUGUAGUUGAUAUUUCAAUUAACUGUGUUUGUCGAUUUUUUAUUUAUUUUUACCACAAUUACUGAAUAAUUCAAAAAUCUGCAAAUUCUUAAAGGACCUUCACAACAGUAAAUGUUUUGUCGGUGAUGAUCUCUAAGAACAGAUGAAAACGUUCCUUAGAUUCCCUUCUCUGCUAUAUACUAAUGAUAAUACAGCAACUUUCGAUAUAAUCAUGUGCUACACUUUGAUACUUUCUGUGGCCCAAUAAUUAUAUUUUAUGAUAACUAGCAUUAACGUAAGCCUGUAACAAAUCUAUACAGGAUUGAAACUAUAAUUUUACAUCAAAACUAGAAUGAGGAAUUAUAAAUUAUUGACCAUUAAUCGUGCCAUUUUAUGGCUUUUAUAUUAUCACAAUUAA